AUGGCGGCCGCAAGCGACAAAGCCAGGUAUUUCCUGGAGCAAUCCAUCCCCGAGCUCAAAGAAUUUGAGAAAAAGGGCAUUUUCUCCCCAGAAGAAAUCACCCGCAUUGCCCGUAAACGAUCCGACUUUGAACACAAAAUCAACGCCCGAGGCUCGACGCCUACCGACUUUGCUCGUUAUGCCGAGUUCGAAAUCAAUGUCGAUGCUCUAAGGCGUAAGAGGGUCAAGAGACUGGGAAUCAAGGCCACCGCCCAUACCGGCAAGCGACGCAUAUUCUUCGUCUUGGAUCGCGGAACUCGAAAGCAUCCUGGCGAUAUUGCGUUAUGGAUGCAGACCAUCGAAUUUGCCAGAAAACAAAAAGCCUACAAGAAACUGCAGGAGAUCUUCACCAGUGUCCUACGUUUGCAUCCUACAAAAUCCGAAUUAUGGAUCUACGCCGCCCAAUUUGCUGUGGAAGAGAAUGGUGACAUGACGGAGGCGAGAAGUUACAUGCAACGAGGAUUGAGAUUCUGCAAGAAUGUGAGACCAAUGUGGGUGCAAUAUGGGAGGCUUGAGAUGUCAUACAUUGCCAAGAUCCAAGCUCGACGGGAAAUUCUGGGGAUUGGGGCAGACAGACCAGAGCAAGUCCCAGAGGUCCAAGACAACGAGGAUCUACUCAAACUACCCAGGUUGACGGCUAUGGACAUCAACCCGGAUCUAGAAGACGAUAAGAUCGAUACAGUGGCUCUGGAAAACCUCGAUGCUACCCCUGCCAUGACCGGUGCCAUUCCCAUGGCUAUAUACGACGCCGCGAUGGCUCAUUUCGGCGAUGCGGACAUUGGACUGAGCUUUUUCAACAUGAUUCUUGAAUAUGACCAGUCUGUCACUUGCAGGCGCAUCACCAAGCACAUCAUCGAUCCUCUGUUGGCCACCUAUCCCACAACCUGGCAGGCCCACGCAUGCUACAUUCGGGCACCACUCGUCUCUGUUGCCGUUACAGACCCAGAAUAUCCACGAGCGUUCAAGCAAUCGUUGACCAGGUUGAGGGAGGCACAGAAAACCAGCGAGAAGAGCAAGGUGAACGAAUGGGCUCAAUCGUGGCUGAAAGCAUUAAUCGACGAGGAGGGUCUCGAUCCAGGAAUCCAGACUGUGGGAGAAUCGAUUCUGAGAUCGCUAACCGCCUCUUGA